AUGGCCGAUUAUGAACGUGUACUUCUAGUGAAACCGAAGAUUUUUGUAUAUCGCAUUCCGCCUUUGGGAACAGGAGGCCACAAGUUAGUCGCAAAACAUAUUUUCAAUAGUGUAUGCUUUCAUUUUCAGAGCUGGUGAAUGGAGUUUGGACAAUCCUGCUUGGACUGGUCGUAUGCGAUUGAUUUCAAUUGGAAAUAAAGUAGAGAUUCGCCUGGAAGAUGGUGAUUCUGGUGAUUUAUAUGCAAAAUGUCCAAUCGAAACACAUCCUGGUCAGGCGCUCGAAUCAGUUUCUGACAGUUCACGAUAUUUUGUGAUAAGAUUACAAAAUGAUAAUGGGCAAGUUGCGUUUGUUGGAUGUGGUUUUCAAGAAAGAAGUGAUGCUUUCGAUUUGAAUGUUGCCCUACAGGUAUGUUCUCUAGAAAAAAAAAUUAAUAUUUCGCAACAUUUCUCAUGCAUGAUUUCUAAAUCUAUUUGUUCAUUGCGGUUAUUGAGAAAUCUUUCUUAUCUAAAAAAAAAUGUAUAACGCUUUAUAAAGUGUUCAUAAAACUACCGAAAUCUGUCAAAUCACACCCCUAAAAUCACCAUGGUAACUCUGAUACAUUUUCCUAUGAUUUGUACUUAAAUUAAUAUUCUCAUAAAUCUCUUCUCACAUUAUUUUAUGAGUAUAUUUCGUAUCGCAUUUCAGGAUCAUUUCCGUUAUUUAAAUCGAAGCGAAGAACUCGAAAAACAAGAUGCUUCAGCUGGUCCAAGUCUUGAUCUUGCAUUCAAAGAAGGUCAAACUAUUUCAAUAAACAUCGGAAAGAAAGAUGGAAGUGGACCAGCAAGACCUAGACCAGUUCAAUCUUCCAAUAAUGGAUUUGUUCCUCUUCUUCCACCACCGCCAUCUUCUGGAUCUGUGGUAAGAAUUGAAUUUACCUGGUGUGUUUUAUAUAUUGAUCGAUUUUGUUGCAGAUUCGAAGUACUCGACCAGCUGGUUCAAUAACUCCCACUGCUCCAACACCAGCAAAAAAUGAUUUGUCUGGUAAUUUACUGUAAGUUAAAUCAACAUUUACUCAAUUUCAUAUGUUUUUUUUACAGAGACUUCUAG